GGUGUGUCGCAUGGGGACCGGAGGUUGCAUGCUAUGGGGUCGCUUCCUCCCGGCCCGGCGGCGGCCGGAGCCCCGGGGGUACCCGUGCAGGGACUGCCCAGGCUGGCGGCUCCGAGCCGGCUGGGCGGGGGCGGAUCGUUCUCCCCGCCGCCGAAGGGGCCACGGCCUCUCCUCCCCGGCCGUCCCCAGGGUUCGCAAGGCCCGCUCGGACAGAGCCAAUUCGGGCCCGGAGCGCGCAGACCCGCGAGGAGGUGCCCGGGGCCGCGGCAGCCCGGAGGAGGGAGCGGCCCCCCGGACCGAGGGGCCGAGGGAGGGCCGGCCGCGGUUGCGGCCGCAACAGCCUGUAUCGGGAAGACGGGCCGAGGCAGCGGAAGAACAUGGUGGUUCUCCCCAGAACGGGGUGGGGAUGAGGGAUGCGAAGAAGGUGUCUCUGCAGGGAGGGGUGCAGGGUUGUGCCCGAGACCUCUGUUCAGUUGCAGGUGCAGCCAGGGGCAGAGGGGCUUGCCGGGGUCGCCCACCCACCCGGAGGGAGCCCUGCAGAGCAGCAUCUCCCGCAGCCUCCGAGAGGAGGGGGUUUCAGCGCGUAGGCGGAGGUGGUUACUGGUGUUCCCAGAGCAAGGGUGAGUAGCCAAGAGGAGCGGGGUGGCUGCUGUCUCGGUCUGGGUGCCUGUCAGCCAUGCAGGAGGAAGGCCCUUGCGUGGCCGAGGUGAAGGUGAGCGGGCAGGAGCAGAGCGGCCACGGGCACAGGUGGGUGCAGACCCCCGGAGCGGCGUGGGCACCGCAAGGGACUGAGACCCUGGGUAGGCAUCGCCUGAGAGGCGCAGGGCCAGACAGGCGGUCGGUCCGCACAAUCUCUGCGGGGUGGGAGCUGCGCAGAGCUUGACCGGGCCUCCCCAGCCGGCGGGUGCAAGCCGGGGGGGGCUGCCCAGCCGUGGGGCUGCCCAGCCGUGGGGCUGCAGCUCGCUGCUUCUCAAGGCCUCCAGCAUAGUCGAACAGCAAAAGAAAAAAAAAGAAAAAUCAGUGUAGCAGCCAAGUCGGUGCUGCGAGGAGGGGGCAAAGGAACUAUUUUGUAGGCAUCUUGCUGCUGCAGAAAUGGAUUUAUUGAGGGGAGGGAGGUGCAUUUGUGGGUACACUAUAGUAA